GGUGCGGGUCUGGACGUCACCGUGCCCGAACCUCUGCCCACCGACUCCCCUUUGCUCAAACUUCCCAACUGCUUCAUCUUGCCACACAUUGGGAGCGCAACCUCGGAAACUCGCCGGUUGAUGGCUGAACGCACCAUCGAUAACCUCAUCGCCGCAAUUUCCGACCCACCUCAACCAAUGCCAUCGGAAUUGAAGCCUUAG